GUGGGUAAAGCCAGGAUUUUGCAGCCGGUGGCACCGCUCGGUCCCCUGAGCUUAGGCUCGGUGGUGGUGGGUGGCAGCAGAGGAGUCCCAGCGGGACCCCUGCUCCCCCGAGGGGGCUCUGCCGGGGUGUCCAGGCCUUCACUCCCUCCCACGCAGGGGUGCCGGCAGAGAUGGCUGCUCGUGUUUUCCCUCUGCUGCUGGCCCUGGGGUGAGGGCAGAGCACAGCAGACAGCACCAUCCCUGUGGCCAUGCCGCAGCGCCCGUCUGGGACCCCUGCAGCCUUGGUGGGAAGCCAAGGGAUGCUCAUGAGUGGGGCUGGCAGUAUGCCUGUCGGAGCCGAGGCGUCGUGCCGGGGGUCUGGGACAGCGGGACACUCGGAGUGCCCCGACGGGAGCUGUGGCCGAGAGAGAGAGUUUCUGGGUUUGUGGCAUCGUCCGCUCAUGCUGGCGAUGGACUGGGAAGCGAGCGACGGCCGACGGUGCGCCCACCUCGAAGCUUCUCCUCCGGACGCCGGCGCUGGGAGGUACCUCCAAGGCAGCAGGAGCUGAGGGCCCUUGCGGUAAAGGGGAAGCAGAGGCCUGGGGCUGCCAGCGUUAGCAUGGAAACAUCUUCCCAUCCCUGAGGUGGGGCAAAGCUCUCGGGCGCCAAAGGGGCUUCCAGGGCUGCGGCCCGGCGGUAGGAUGCUGCCCUGGACCCGUCUGCUGAACUUGGACCCGGCCGGCUGGGACCUCCCUGCUUGGCGCCUCUCUGCGAGCCCAAAGGCAGGAUACGGCCCCCGCGGGGGCAUCGAGGAGCUGUCUCCCUGUCUUUCCUGCCAUGCCUCGCUCUGCUCCUAACCCUGCUUCCUUAUCUGAGCUUGCCUGCCCGAAAUCUGCCUGUUUGGCUUUUUUUCUUGGCCUGGUGAAAGGCAUCACCUGUGUGACGCGUCGUGCCCCGCUUCAGCCGCGGCAGUGACACGGAAAGGGAGUCCAGCUGACCUGCUUCUGCAGCUUUGGCUGCUAAUCUGCCCUCCCGUAGCGUGCCUGGCAUCUCAGCCGCGCCAAAUCUGCUCGCCGCCACCGCCCCCCCAGCCUGGCUGGCUCUAAACACGGCAGGGUGAGCGUCGGCACCGAAAUCCCCCAGAGCCCCUUGACCUUGGGGCUCUCAUCAGCCAUCCCUGCGGGUGAGCGCGCAUCAGGCAGGAUUACUGAGCCCGGUGCCUGUAGACACACUUAGGCUGCUUAACCUGCAGUCCCCGGGCAGCCAAAGUGAUUCUGGGAUAACCUUUUAGGUCGGUGCGCCUUGAGCCCCUUAGCCGGAUAGUCCCAGGAGGGGAGCUGGGGUGGAGGGGGUGACCAAACCCCACCCCAAGGUGCGUCCGGCAUGGAGAUGGCUGGGAGAAACUGCGUCCCCAAGGGAGUUAGAGAUGGAUCUGAACCUUCAGAGAUGAGGUACCUGUAUCAGGAGCCCACGUUUCCUUUGCGCCCCCUCCACGCCUGUCCAAAUCUGGGGAGGUGGCAUGGGUGUCAGGGACGCAGUGCCUGGGCUAUGUGAGAACAGGCCAUCAUCUUGGCCAGGUGCCUUUGGGACUGUGAUGAUCCUGCGUGGAUCUGGGCCUCUUUCCAGCCCACGCUUCUGGAGGCACCGUCAGGGUGAAGCUCCCAUCGCUGCAGUGCUCCGGGCAGCAUCGCCCCAGCCACGCAGCUCCCCGGAGAGUCUUGCUGGUGGCACCUGCCUGGGGACUCUCUGUGGGGCAUGAGCCAUGGGCUGGGUUUGAAAAACAAGCCUCCUAUUCCUUGGGGCUGCUGAUGCUGAAAGCGAGCGAGAUACGGCUGUCUGAUUGAUCGUGUGAUCUUAAAUGGCUGAGUAAGGGAGCUCUCCCCGUCUCCUCCUGAGGCAUAGCCUCUCUCCGUGUGCGAGCUUGCAUCUUGUAGGACCUGGGUAGCUUUAACCCUGCUUGGAGCUACCUGCCCUGCUUGGGGUUUGCCAUGGGCCCGGAGCCUUCAGGGAGGAAACCUUCGAUUCUGCGAGUGCGAGGGCACGCGAGCGGCCCUGAACUCAAACCCGGAUUGCCUCUCCUCUUGGCCUGCAUGUUGCUCCAUCUCUUGCCAGCGCACAAAAAGCAUGUGCUGGCUCCCGAGAUAUUUGGAUGAGGCAUCCGGGACUUGUGCCUGGGAAGAGAAGGGAGCCGAGAAUUAAAAUGCUGCCAAACUUGGUGCAAACUGGUGGCGGCCGUGGUCCCCCCCCAGGGAGCAAUUAGAGAAGAGAAAUCUGCGCAUCUUUCCCAGCGACAGAGGAAGUGCUUAAAGCAUUUCCCUGCCUCCUGGGGUCUCCCCUGCACAAAGCCCCAUUAACGGUUAAUGCUUCUGCCGAUGUCUUCCGGCAGGGAUCCGCUUACCCUGCAGAAGAUGAGGAGGGAGGGGAUGCGGCGAGGCCGUGAAACAGGCGUUACAGCCAUCAGCCGGCCUUCCCCUCUCGCCUGCGCGCUGACUCCUCGUCCCCCUCCCUCCCUCGCAGCCUGCCCAACGCCGCCUGCCCGAGAUGUCGUCCGGCGAUAGGAACGGGGGCAGCCGCUCCAGCAGGCAGAGCAAGAAGCCCCCCAACCUCUCCAUCGUCAUCCCCCCCCGGGAGGCAGAGGAGGACGGCAGCCGCAAGGAGCCCUCGAAGGUCCCCAUCUACCGAAAGAGCAAGAGCCUGCAGGAGCCCAGGUCAAAGAGAUAUGACAGCUCCUCGGAAAAACGUCCCGGCUUCCGCCGACAGACCUCCCUGUCCCAGAGCAUCCGCAAGGGCACGGCGCAAUGGUUUGGCGUCAGCAGCGACUGGGAAGGAAAGCGGCAGCACUGGCAGCGCAAGAGCUUGCAGCACUGCAGCAUGAGAUACGGCAAGCUCAAGGCUGCCUACCGCGACAUGGAGCUCCCCAGCCAGGAGGUGCCCUCCUUCCAGGGCACCGAGUCGCCAAAGCCAGCCAAGAUGCCCAAGAUCGUAGAUCCACUGGCCAGGGGCCGUCCCUUCCGCCAUCCCGAUGAGACCGAUCGCCCCCACACACCCCACCACGUCCUGCCCCCGCUGACCCCCGGCGUCGCCUCCUUAGCCUCCUUCAACAGCAUCCGCUCCGGCUACAGCCGCCUGCCCCGCCGGAAGAGGGAGUCCGUCGCGCACAUGAGCUACAAGGCGGCCGCAGCGCUUCUCCGUGGACGCUCUGUGCUGGAGCCGCUGGCUCAGAAGCGGAGGAGCAACAAGAGGAGCUUUGUGUACCCCAGCUUCCUGGACGAGGACAUGGUGGACGCUGCCGAUACCCUGGACUCGUCCUUCUUCAGUAAGAUGGACAUGCACGACGAGACGUACUCCAUGCCAGAUGACGUCUUUGAGUCGCCGCCUCUAUCGGCCACGUAUUUGCGCAUGCACCUGGUGGGGGAGGAUGUCAGGGUGUCCCCGGAGGUGGAGCAGCUCACUCCAAGGGAGGGUGCCCAGCUCACCCCAGCCUCCGCCGGCCCUGGCCCCGCUCCCAGGAGAGGCAGGCGCAUCGCUUCCAAAGUGAAACACUUUGCCUUCGACCGCAAGAAGCGCUACUACGGGCUGGGGGUGGUGGGGAAGUGGCUGAACAGGACAUACCGCCGGAGCCUGAGCAGCAUAGUGCAGUCCCAGCUGGAGAACACGGACAGCCACCGGCCGUAUUUCACCUACUGGAUCACCUUUGUCCACAUCCUCAUCACCUUGCUGGUCAUAGGCACAUAUGGCAUUGCCCCUAUCGGCUUCACCCAGCAUGUGACGACACAGUUAGUGCUGAGGAACAAAGGUGUCUACGAAAGCGUCAAGUACAUCCAGCAGGAAAACUUCUGGAUUGGGCCCAGCUCGAUCGACCUGAUCCACCUGGGGGCCAAGUUUUCCCCCUGCAUCCGGAAGGACCGACAGGUGGAGCGGCUCAUUCAGCGCGAGAGGGACCGGGAGCGCAACUCCGGCUGCUGCGUCCAGAACGACAACUCGGGCUGCAUCCAGACGCUGCCGCAGGACUGCUCGGAGACGCUGGCAACGUUCAUCAAGUGGCCGGGCGCCAACGCACCGACAAUGGGCUCUGGCAAGAAGCGGACGUCAGGGGCCGUGUGCCAUCAGGACCCCAGGACAUGCGAGGAGCCAGCAUCAAACCCACCCCACGUGUGGCCAGACGACAUCACCAGAUGGCCGAUUUGUACCUAUGAGACCCAAACCAACCACACGGGCUUUGCGCACAUGGACUGCCAGAUCAAGGGCAGGCCUUGCUGCAUCGGCACCAAGGGCAGGUGAGCCACGACGACGCGGGGACCGAACCCAGGGCAGGCCGAGCCGGCUCCCCCCUCUCUGUGCACCCAGGUGCACUGCCUGGAUGAAGUCUGUGGCCUCCUGCCCUUCCUGAACCCGGAGGUCCCCGACCAGUUCUACCGCCUCUGGCUGUCCCUGUUCCUGCACGCGGGGGUCAUCCACUGCCUGGUGUCGGUGACCUUCCAGAUGACAGUGCUGAGGGACCUGGAGAAGCUGGCGGGCUGGCACCGCAUCUCCCUCAUUUUCAUCCUCAGCGGCAUCACGGGCAAUCUGGCCAGCGCCAUCUUCCUGCCGUACAGAGCAGAGGUGGGUCCAGCCGGCUCCCAGCUCUGCUUGCUGGCCUGCCUCUUCGUCGAGCUCUUCCAGAGCUGGCAAGUCCUGGAGAAGCCUUGGAAAGCCUUCCUCAACCUCUUUGGGAUUGUCCUCUUCCUCUUCAUCUGCGGGCUCCUGCCGUGGAUCGACAACAUCGCCCACCUCUUUGGCUUCCUCAGCGGCCUCCUGCUCUCCUUCGCCUUCCUGCCCUACAUCACCUUUGGCACCGUGGACAAGUACCGCAAGCGGGCCAUGAUCAUCGUGUCGCUGCUGGUCUUUGUGGGACUCUUUGCCUCGCUGGUGAUCUGGCUGUACGUCUACCCCGUGAACUGGCGCUGGAUAGAGUAUCUCACCUGCCUGCCCUUCACCAGCAAGUUCUGCGAGAAGUACGAGCUGGACCAGGUCUUGCACUGACCCUGGCAGAGGGGACGAGGCCGUGACGGUGCGCGGAGAGGGAGUGCCGUUCCUUUUCAAAGCGGGCUGAUCAGGCACAGGGUGGGUUUUUAGCCGGCUCGGAGGAGGCGGUGGCGGAGCGGGCUGCGGUUUAGAAGCAGGGCGUUGCGCCGCUCCGCACAGCCUCCGGUCCGACAGCAAGGUGGGCGCUCUGGGAUGGGGCUCGCCUUGGA